CCAACGGGCGGGAACAAUACUCCAACACGGAAGUGAAGAUGAGUUUUGAAAGAAAUAUGUUUACUAUAGUCUAAUACCCUUAACCUUACUUUGCUUUUAGACCACAGCACGGGAGUGCCGUUAUUUGUACUAAGACUAGCUAACAUAAACCGAAAAUGUCAGCAAGAAAACGUCGCGGCAACGAUGUACAAGAGAAAACACAAACUAGAGCUCCUGGUGGAUUGAAGGAAAAUGGGCCACAGCAGAGAAGGCUGCACUUCCACUUUGACCUAUGGUUCUGCUUGACUCUGCAGAACUGGAUACUGGACUUUGGAAGACCUAUUGUCAUGAUAAUCCUUCCUCUGGAGUGGUUUCCCCUGAGCAAGCCCAGUGCUGGAGACUAUUUCCACAUGGCCUACAAUGUCAUAACACCAUUCCUAAUGCUCAAGCUGAUAGAGCGCAGUCCCAGGGCACUGCCUCGCUCAGCGGUCUACCUCUGCAUCAUCACGUUUGUCAUGGGAGCCAGCAUCCACCUGGUGGGAGACUCCAUCAACCAUCGGCUCCUCCUGAGCGGCUACCAGCUCCACCUGUCAGUCAGAGAGAACCCCAUCAUUAAAAACCUCAAACCUGCAUCACUGAUUGACUCCUUUGAGCUGCUGUAUUUCUACGACGAGCAGCUUGGACACUUGAUGUGGUACAUUCCUUUCUUCAUCAUCCUGUUCAUCUAUUUCACCGGCUGCUUCACCAAGGCCAGGGAUCAGAACAAGAUUCCUGUCUCUGGUUGGCUGUUGCUAGGACCCAGCUCCCUCUACUAUUGGUACCUGGUCACUGAGGGACAAAUCACUGAACUUUUUCUGCUCACCUUCCUUGCCAUGGUUGUCCUGGUGAUACACAAACAGCGUAAAGGCCUCACCCCAGACAGCAACGGUCUGUUCCUGUUCUGUAGUUUCAGCGUUACUGUGCUGCUGGUGGCACUCUGGGUGAUCUAUCUGUGGGACGACCCGGUGCUACGCAAAAAGUACACCGGACUCAUUUAUGUGCCAGAGCCCUGGUCCUACUACACCUUAUAUAUAAAGCAGAACCACUGAGUUACACCUGUCCAGCAGCUUUUCGUGAGAGGCUGAACUCAACGUUGAUUGAUAGUUGGCUGUAGACGUGCACAAACCUCACCGUUACGCCCAAGGUUGCCGGCUUAAGCCAUAUAUUAAGAAGAUAUUUGUUUCUUUUUAUUAUUUUUUGGAUUGAUACUCAGGUUUUAGCAGUUUAGAGUUGGGAAGUUUGGUCUAAAUGUAUAUAUACAAUCAGAUUUGUUACACCUCUUGCAUCUUUUGACCUCUGAGAGCAUGUUGGAUUUUAUAAAAAGGUCUGCACUGAUAUAUUGAGCAGGAAGGAUUGAGCCUUCUCACGGCUUAUAACCAACACUUUUGCUAUAAUUCUUCUUUGGGGAGGAAGGAUUAAAUAAAUGUUUAGGAUUCCUCAUUUUUGGAAUCCCAUCUACAUUUUUUCAAGCCCUGAAACAGAUGGCUCUGCAUUUUCUUCAUAAUUAUCUACGUUAAUUAGCCCUACAGGGAGAGGAUCUGUUAUUUUAUUGAAGGAUUCAAAACCAGGACAGGGAAUAAUCUGCUAAAGAGAAGGGUUGUCCAAACACUAGACCAGUCAAGUGGUUGGACAAAGUGGACCUUUUAUGUUCCAGCUCAAGGUGAAUAUACAGUAUGUAGAAACAUUAUCUAGAACAUUUUAAAUUAAACCUUACUUUGAAUAAGCUCUUUAAAGAAUUCAGUAAAUAAACAACUGAAUGCUUUGAGGUUGAAAGAAGGGUUGAAGGUUGUUCAAUAUACUGUUUGUACGCCUGUUAAUUAUCAUCUUCUCUGGCUCUUAAGAAUGAAAAGGAGAAGAAGAAAAACAUUUAUGAAUAACUAACACAGAUCAAUCUCCAAUAACAGGAUACAGAUAAGUGCUACUGUUUGAAGAACAACAUCUUAAAAGUAGUUGAACUAACAAAAUUACCAAAAGAUGAAAAACACAGUAUUGAAGUGAUUGUUAAAUCUAAUGGUGACAUGACUGAUCAAACUUUCUUUGUUUUUAAUGAAAACAUUCUCUCAGGUAUUCAAGGUUUCACACUUUGUCAGAAAUAGAUGAACUUUAUAUUGUAAUUUCUCAACAUUAGAGCUGUAAACUAUUACAUUUCCAGCUCUACUGCUGACAAUACCGCUUCUGUAUUACUUCUUUCUGUCUGGAUUUGUUCAAGCAAUGUACAAUAUACAAGUGUUUUUGAAUGAAAAGGCUAUUCUGCAGAUGGUGUCACAUUUUUCAAAAGGUCAAGGAAACAUGAGCAGAUUACUUUUUAAAUACAAAAGGAGAAUAAUAAACCUGAUGUAUUGUGUGUGUUAAUGUGAUUAUUUGUUUGUUUACAUGUUGAGGUAUUGUUCUUAAUGUACAUUUUCAAUUGUUACUGUUUUGUACAAUAUGGUUCCUUUUGCUCAACAUCACUUUGUUGUUCGUACAAUACUGUUUAGUUACUGGUUCCUCACUGGUUUUAUUUCACACAUUUUAAUGUUCAUUAAAAUGUAUGAUCUGA